AUGCAGAAGAUAAAUACGACAAACAGCCUGCCAAACCUCCGCCGGCCCUCACAGCCUGCUAUCACGCCUGUCCUCAGCCAUGGGGGACGGGUGGAGCGCCCUUCUCAUACCCAGUCUCCCACGGAUAUAGGUGCACAGCAAGCUGGAGAUAUAGGACGGCCUACGCCUGUUUCUGAGGAGCCCGGGGAUGCUCGAUCUCCCCCGCAAUGCCACUCUCCAGUGUCUCCAAAUAAUGUGCUUCCCACUGCUAUACCUACUACGCCAGAUCCUGCUCAGCAGCCAGUGCAGCGGCCAGUGCAGCCACUCCCUUCACCAAAUCUGAGUCACAAAUCUGAUCCAACAGUGACUACGCCGCGUGUUGGGCCAGUGGUGGCUGAGGUUCCUCAACUGCAGUCACUUCCUCCUGAGGGACGCCAAACCGCUUCUCCCCGGCAGCCUGUAAACUUUUUACCCCAGAACAUCUCAACUUCUCUAGGCAGCCCUCUAGUCAGCCCUACGACAAAUUCCCCAGUGGACCAUGUUAUGACCGCCCAGGCCAAUGUGCAGAAUACAGGCAGUCGGGAUGAACAUCGAGAUAAACGCCCACGCCUGGCGGCAUGCAAUCAGCCAGCAACUAACCAAGCAACCACCACGCAACAGCCCAUGCAACAGCCCAUGCAACAGCCCGCUGCGUUGCCCAUCAGUGGAGGGCCCAGUGAAAAUCCAGCCGGUAACCUUCCACCCCUCAUGAACCCGCCCAUUGACCUCUCACCGCAGGCUCUAAGCUCUUGUAUACCCUUCUUAACCAGCAUCAUGCCAUUCUUCAAACCACAUGAGUCCAUCCAUAUCUGUCUGCUUCGAGAUGCUUGUAUGGUGCAAGACCUCCAAUUUUUAGCACUUCAUCAGCUGUUCUGCAUGUCCACCGUCCUUCCCAAACCACUCCCAGGUCUGGGAGAUCUGGCAAAACAUGGAAUUAAAGUAACGGUCGAUAUGAUGAGGCUGAAUUCACCCCUUUCCAACAUGUUCUUACAUUACUUCAGCGCAUUCCCAUCCAGCUUUGAGCCCCUAGUUGCUCAAAAUAAAAAUUACGCAGAAGCAGUGCAAUUCAUUAUAUCCUGGGCACCGUCCGUUAUCCGUACCUGGCCCAUGCUGGCUACCAAAGUGGUGUUACGGAAUUACCCCCCUCUGAUUGACGAGAUUGCCGGCGAGCUCGGAGUAUACUCAAAGGUUAUGCAGUUCAUGUUCUACACGGCCAGCGCUAAGACUCUUACCGAGCAUCGACCUGGACUGGAUGCGGCGUGGAAAGCAGUUUUCGACAAAAACUACAUGUAUUUUCACAAUCGUGAGGCCAGGCUGGGUAUCCCCAGCCCCAUUUACAUAAAGCAGAUUCAGGAGGAAAAUAAAACAGUGGUAACUUUGUAUGAGCGGGCAGCUACAGCCUAUGCUCAGGCUGCCGCCGCCAAUGCUACUACUCAGCCCAUAAACCCACAGCAAACAACCAUUCAUAUACCACGGGCGCCUUCUAGAUACCAUACCCCUGCUUCUCAUCAAGUGCGCAUUCCACCGAUAACCCAACAGACUAGGCGUGCACCAGCAGCUACCCAGGCACGGCCGCGGACACUGCCGCCCCCGUUCCAACGCCGGGCGAACUUACAGCCACGAAUGUCCACCGCUUCCCCGAGUAUGGCGCCUACGGCGGCCAAUUCUACCCCCGCGCAGCCAUACCAAUCAACCACUCGCGCACCAGUUACCGUUUCAACGGCUACGUUCAACAACAAUACCUCUCACAUGGUUCCUCAGCAGGUGUAUGCUCAUCCUCCUGCCCAACAGUAUACGCAACUCGUAUCACAGCCUCAGCAGGCCCGGCUACUUCCUCCCCCAAACUCGCCUGCUCUAAUAUUGGCCAAUCCAACCCCCUACAGCAGUCUCCAUCAGCUUCACCUAAAGGUUGUCAAUGUAUCCUUAGCCAAAAGCGGUUCCAACGAGCCAGGUGAAACCUUGUUUCACUAUGUGGAGUCCUUUGCCAUUUCCCCUACUCUGCUAAACUGGCACCAACAAUUACAUACAUGGCCCCUAACUCUACCACCCGAAGAAUUUGCAAAGCUUCCAAUACAGUUCAAGUCACGCAAUUCACUGCAUGUUACCCAAGGCAUUAUCGAUGGAUCAAAGAUAUACCAACUCCGAUGUGUACGGCUCACCGAUGCCAAACCCUUGACGGAGGAGAGAUGGGUAGUGGCAGACUCUUUCUGGCCAAAAGCCAUCUACAUCCAUGUCAACGGACAGGAACAUCAUAUCCGUCGACGGUUCCACUUCGCGAAAGAUCUACCAGUGAACAUCACCCGGUCUUUAAAACGGGGUGAGAAUGAGAUAAAGAUAACCAUCCUUGGUGGAGAAGAGGAGCGCAAAAUUUCCAUAUUUGCCAUGGCAGUGGAGAUAAUCGAUACGGCAUCACGUCAACGAGUACGUCAAGCUAUACAACCUAUAUCACAAUCCACAUCCCUUGAUCGCAUCGUCAAACGAUUAACAAACAACACAAUCGACGACGAUGAACUCUGCUUCAUCGACGACUUCAUCACCGUUCCUCUCAUCGACCCCUUCAUGGCGCGAGUAUUCGUAACCCCGGUCCGCACAGUCUCCUGCAAACACAGCGAAUGCUUCGACCUUGAUACUUUCCUUAAUACAAGACAAUCCCGAACGUUGAAGGGCCCACAUGGGAUGGCAGAGGACUGGAAAUGUCCGAUUUGCAACGAAGACGCGCGCCCAAAAUGUUUGAUUAUCGAUCAAUUCCUAGCUUACGUUCGAGAUGAGUUAAUACAGCGAAAGCAGCUGGAUGAUGCCACUGCUAUUAAAGUUCGAGCCGAUCGGUCUUGGGAUAUCAACAUGCGUCAAACCAGUACGAAGAACGCCCAAGAUUCGUCUGUAAAAGCUGGAGGAUCUAGCACGGCUAUGGAUAACGAUGCAUCUUCGAGUCCUACGCCAACACAAGCGCCACCAAACGUCAUCGAACUCGAUUAA